AUGGCCAUCGUGGCGUGUGGGUGCCGUGGGCAUUCGCCGCCGGAUACUGUACAGCGGCGCCGCAAAUUUGACCCGCACAUAGACAGCCCUGCACGGCGGAAGUCUAUGGAGGACCAUUCAGACAUGAUCACCAUGCUCGCUGCGUCACAGGCUGUGACUCACAGCGCCAAUCUCGCCAGCAAGGCUCGCUGGCGACGGCAGCUGAGGUCGGAAGAAGAGGCUCCUUCAAAGUCUCAUUUUGAGACCGCGUAUUGUGCGGCGCGCAAGUCGAACGGCUAG